AUGGGACGGCAUUCGAUAGCGUCCGAGAUCUUCGACAAUGAGUCUAAGAUCGACUUUGGCGUGCGCGAUAGUGUCUUGACUGUCGACGAUGUGACGCCUUAUCCACCGCUUGGAAGUUCGAUCCAGCUGUUCGAAAGCGAGCCUCUGCCUGAAGACCAAGCAUGGCGUUUUGGCGUGCGGGAAUGGCUGGUCUUCAUCUGCAUUGUCAUUUUGUCUAUGAUGGAUUCCUUCAAUGUGACUAGCUUGAUUCCGGCAUUACCAGAACUAGCAAAUACAUUCGAAAAACCGCUCGCAAGCACACUAUGGGUCAACACAGUCUACCUGAUCUUCAGCGCAGCAAGCCAACUAUACUUCACCAUGACAAGCGAAGUCUUCAGUCACGGCCCGGUGUGGAUAAUCGCAGUUGUAUUCGCGACAAUCGGCACAGGAAUCUGCUGCGGGUCAAUGAGUCUCGUCGAGCUCAUAAUCGGCCGCAUGAUCCAAGGAAUCGGCGGCGGCGGCGCAAUGAGUCUCUGUUUCGUGAUCAUGGCCGAGUCAACGCCUCCGUCUAUUCAUUCCCGGUAUUCGUGCUACAUCCUGCUCACACGCAUGUGCGGCGCUAUCAUCGCCCCGCUUGUCUCGGGUAUCUUUGUUGAUAAUACCAGCUGGACUUGGGCUUUCUAUUUUAAUUUCAUCUUUUGCGCGUUGGGCCUGUUGGCGAUUCCGUUUGCGGUGGACUUGCGCGUGUCGAAGAGUAUUCCGCUGCGCAAGCUGCGGAUUUUGGAUUGGUCGGGUGCUACUAUGGCGUUUUUGGGCUCGGGCGCUGUUCUUGUUGGGUUGAAUUGGGGUGGAAGUCUGUAUCGUUGGGAGGAGUGGCAGACUAUUGUGCCGAUUGCUGUUGGUGUUGCUGUUUUUCUUGCGCUUGUUUUCUAUGAGGCUAAGUGGGCUCUGAAUCCGAUAUUUGGCAGCAGGGGUUUCCGCUCCAGGAUGAUGAUUAUGACUUAUCUCGGUUGCUUUUUGCAUGGUUUCAUGGUCUUUGCUCACUUGCAAUUUUUCCCCUUGUACUUCAUGUCUACUCAUUAUAUGUCUACCACUCUGUCAGCAGUGACCUUGCUCGCCCUGGUUGGGAUGGCAGUUGCGCCUGCCGCGGUUGUCGGUGUAAUUCUUGCCAGGGAGUCGAGGUGCACGCAGUGGGUGAUAUCCGGUGGUUGGAUCUUGACUAUACUUUCAGGCGGUUGUUCCAUUUUGUUGGAUAACACGACACCGGCGGUGGGAUGGGUAUUCUUAUUGCUCACAGCAGGCUUGGGUCACGGUCUUCUGCUCGCGAGUUAUAACGUCCGAGUCCAGAAUGUGCCCAGGGAUGAAGACCCCUCUCUAUCGUCUCUUCCAAGCACUAUCUCGAAUUAUAUGAGGGCUAUGGGUAUGGCGUUUGCUGUCCCUGUCUGUGGUAUGGUGUUGUUGAACAUGUUCAGUCACGAGUUGACAGGGAUUGGAUUGGACCGGAAUCUGGUCAAUUCAGCGAAUGGAUACUUGAUCUUGAUGAACCAGGUCAGCAUGUCAAGCGAACAUAGAGAAGCUGUCACACUUGCCUCGGUCGCGGCUUUCCGAGUGUUGUGGGAGGUUCUCACUGGCGUUGCUUUCGUUGGGGGACUCACGUCUAUUUUCCUGUGGCGUAGGCGUGCAUAA